UAUAUCCAACAGGUUCCUGGUAGCCGUUUGUGCAUUAGAAACGAGAGAGAGAGGGUGAUUGAUUUAGAGUAACAAAUUAAGCAAGUACCUAAUAAUAUAUUGAAGGGUGUAUUGAAACCAUUAGCCUAUUCUAAUGGCGAUUCAAAGCUCUUCAGGAAUAGGCCUGUUGGCCUUGUGCAACCUGUUGGCUAUUGCAGCUGCUUUUGAUCGCAGCAGUUUUCCACCUGGAUUUGUUUUUGGAACAGCUGGUUCUUCUUACCAAUACGAAGGUGCAGCAAGUGAAGAUGGGAGGACCCCAAGUAUUUGGGACACCUAUACUCACAAACAUCCAGAAAGAAUUCUGGGCAAGGGCAAUGGUGAUGUAGCUAAUGAUUUUUAUCAUCGUUAUAAGGAAGAUAUAGCCCUGAUGAAGAAUAUGAAUCUUGAUGCUUUCAGAUUCUCUAUCGCCUGGCCUAGAGUGUUACCUGCUGGGAAUCUAAAAGGAGGAGUGAACGCCAAGGGCAUUGAGUUCUACAAUAAUCUCAUCGAUAAACUCCUGGCAGAAGGUAUACAGCCUUAUGUGACUUUAUUUCACUGGGAUCUACCUCAAACACUUGAAGAUGAAUACGGUGGAUUUUUAAGCCCUCGCGUGGUGGAUGAUUUCAGAGACUUUUCUGACGUUUGCUUCAAAGAAUUUGGGGACAGAGUGAAGUAUUGGAUUACAUUAAAUGAACCUUGGAGUUAUUGCAACCCUGGUUAUAACACCGGCCUAUUAGCCCCUGGAAGGUGCUCCAAGUACAUGAAUCCAGCAUGCCAAGCUGGAGACUCUUCAACUGAGCCUUAUAUGGUUGCUCACAAUUUGUUACUUUCCCAUGCAGCAGCAGUUAAACUUUACAAGGAAAAAUACCAAGAGUCUCAGAAAGGGGAAAUUGGGAUAACACUUGUUUCUCAUUGGAUGGUGCCAUUCUCCGAUUCUAAACCUGACAUGGAAGCAACUAAGAGAGCCAUUGAUUUUAUGUAUGGAUGGUUCAUGGAUCCAUUGACAUCUGGUGCAUACCCAGAAAGCAUGGUUAAACUUGUUGGAAAUAGAUUGCCUAAAUUCACCAAAGAACAAUCUGAAAUGGUGAAAGGUUCUUUUGAUUUCCUUGGAUUAAAUUACUACAGUGCAUUUUAUGUAUCUGAUAUGCCUGCCAAGCCUACUCCAGUUAAUGUUAGCGUCUCCUCAGAUUCGCUUGCUAAUUUAACCAACCACCGAAAUGGAAUUUUUAUUGGUCCAUUGGGUACUUCGCUUUGGAUUCGUGCAUAUCCAAAAGGCCUCGGAGAAUUUGUCAAAUAUACAAAAGAAAAAUACAAUAAUCCAAUAAUUUAUAUUACGGAGAAUGGAGUUGAUCAAAAUGAUAAUGGUACUUUUACAUUUGAAGAUCUUCAAAAGGAUACAUAUAGAAUAGAAUUUUUCCAAACACAUCUUGAGAGCUUAAAUAACGCCAUUAAGGAGGGUGUUAAAGUCAAAGGUUAUUUUGCAUGGACAUUAUUGGACGACUUUGAAUGGACCGGUGGUUACAUUAUGAGAUACGGACUUCACUUGAUAGAUUACAAAAAUGACCUCAAAAGAUCCCCAAAGGAGUCAGUUACUUGGUUCACCAACUUCCUCAAGAAAUAAAGGAAUUGUUUUAAUGAUGUUUAUGUUUGCUAAUUAAUUUCUCAAAUGUUCUUUCUUUUAUUAUUCCUUGUAAAUUUAUUGUUUAAUUAGAGAGCGAAUAACUCAUGUUAUUACAUUUUUUG